AUGAAGAAUAAUCCUUCAAAACAAGGGGCAAACGCUGCCAUUUUUUUCGCCAAGACGCCAUCGCUAAUACCACCUUCAGGAAAUAAAGUACCUUUCCAAAGACGACCCGGAAAUCCUGGUUUCGUGAAAAAUCAUUAUGAAGCAAAACGCAUUGAACCGGACGUGCUCUAUCCCAAUUCUCCGUAUCAUUUGCAAGAGUUCUUCGAUACAAAAAAUCCUCAUCACAAUCCACGUCCGCUGAACAACUCCCAUCAGACUUUUGAUCAAAUACUGAGGAAAGAAAAGAUCGAGCUUCCUCCCCCAACUCUAAUCCCAUCCUCUCAGUUUCCAUUGGCCAUUCCUUGCAGUUUGGAUGAUGCUGGGAUACCAGAUGGACGGCCUAAGUACUGGCUUAUGGCUUAUAAACUGAAUUCUUCCCAAGAUAAUCAAGAUAUCAUGAAGGCCUGGGAUAUCAUCAAAGAUAUUAGAAAGCUACCCAUCCACCCGGGUGUCUGGUCACCCUCCAACUGCGGUAGAGAUCAUACACAUCUAUCCCUCUCCAAAGAUGCCCGAACGGAGAAGACUCAACAAUUUGUGACUACUUUUAGACGGAUUGUUGGAGGAGGCACAUUCAAGAAUUUGAGAAAAUUUGACGAUAUCACUGCUAAGAGAAUGUCUCCAGCCCGAUUGUUCGUACAUCAUCAUCUUGCCAAUCACAUGGAAUACCAGCCUGCUCAUCCGCGCCCUGGACAAGUCGGAUGUCCCCUCGCCGACAACAAGGGACAGUCUGAAGAGUGGUAUUUCAAUCGUAAUGAUGACGAUAGUACGUAUUCUAUCAUGUCGGUCUUCGGCUCAGGGUCAGUUGUUUUCCUCCAAGGAUCCCAUCUUCUUCACUAUGUGAGACAACUUGACAAGGAAGAUAGUGAGAAAAGUGCCAUCAUGGCACGGAAACUCACUGGCCACACCGGUCUACUCGUUACUUCAUUUGAGGGAAUGAACAAUCCCUCUUUUCUCACAUCAACAUUGACUUUGGCCUAUAUCCCUAUACUACUCUUUUCAUCUCAUUGCAAGAUAUCUAGACAUGAUCUUUCACUCCUACUCUACUAUCUCAAGAUGACGCAACCAACUCCAGAACCACCCAAACGUCCAGCUAUACCAAUAACCUCUGCCGCUCUCUCUUUCACCCUACGUACACCUCGUCUCACCCGUCUUCCUCCUCCUCCUCCUUCUCCAUCUCUACGACCUAAAACUGAAAGAUCAUCAACACCGCUGCGAUCUUACCCUGCACCCCUUCCUCAUCCUAUCACUCCUCAACCUCCUCACUCGACCCCUUCCUCGCGCUCUCACAACGACCAUCUCCCAGAUCCACCACCUCCUAUACACCCCCUCCGACCUCCUCAAACCCCCUUACCUCCACGCACGAAAAUCCCUCCAACUCAAAUAUUUCAAACUCUCGACACUUUCUCACCGUUCGCUUACCGACCUCAAGUCAGACCUACAGUCCCAAGUACUCUCAAAAGACUUUCAGAAUUGACUUCUCCUAAUGCUCAUUCCCCACUGAAACGGGUACGUGGAGAAGGGGAUGGAGUGACUUUGAGUGCUUUGGCUCCGAGUAGAUUCCACCCGAUAGGAUCGCUUGUCGGAGUUAAGAGAGAGGAUGAAGAAGAUGUUGGGGUAUCGCCAAGAGGACGUAGGGUGGUGAAGUGGAGUGGGAAAGGUCAUCAUGCCAAAUUACGUCCCUUACGUACCCGUCCAUCACCCACACCGGAAUCAUUGAUUCACACUGCUCCUCUCAUCCUGUCCAUCCAUCCUCAUUCGACUGUAACAGGUCCGACGCAUUAUUCCACCUUGGUCAGAUGUGCGAUCCGACGAUCUCCUCCGGGGAUGAAAAAUAUGGACCACUCUCCAAUAAAAGAUCACUGGCAAAAUGCGAUUCCUCAAAAGAAGGAGUCGAAUAACGUCGAUCAGAUGAGUGAAAUACGAAAGCGCGCCUUCAUAGGUCAGUUGGAGGGUCUCAAAGAGGACAAGGGUGAACAUGACGGAGCGAACAGGGAGGAGGAAGAAGUGGAGAAGAUGGUAUUGGUCUUAUUCCAAACUUUACCUAGUGGAUGUAAUCAUCUAGGUGUAGACCCCAGGGUUUUGAAGGAACAACAAAAGAAUUGGUUAGUUGGGAUAUGGGCUUGGACAGAGGUUCUUAUUUCAUUACCUUCUCCUUCAUCACUUUCUUCUAAUCCAACAAACAUGAUGACAGAUACACGACCCGCAACUCCGACUUCGACAGCUUUAAAUGAACCUCACAAGGAUACACAAUAUCAGGAGAAGAUGUAUGAUUCAUCAUUGAAAGAAGGUGAAGCUUCGAAUCAAGCCGAAAGGGAGGAGCAGGAAGUUGAUAUGAGCAUGAGAAGUGAUCAAGUGUCAGAAAAAGUAUGGAAGGAAGAAAAUGUGAUUGUAGCUAGUAGGUAUAUGAUCAUUCAAGAUUGA